AUGCAGGUGCUCCUGCGCGGGGACACCUGCUUUCAGAAGGUGCGGAACCUCAUCGAGUCGGAUCUCUUCGGGUACAUCAUCACCAGCCUGGUCAUGGUGAACGCAGUAAUCAUCGGCGUGGAGACAGACUUCGCGGCGCGGAACGGGGGCGCCGGCAAGUUGCCCUACUCCCACGCCAUCGGCCAAAUCUUCUGCCCACCGCCCGAAGAAACGAAGGGGGGAGGGGGCAUGUGGAGCUCGCAGCAGAAAGGUUUCAAGGAUUGA